AUGCAAGUCUUUCGUAAUGUUUCACCGGACGUGGUCGCUGGUUGCACGCACCUGUCGCUGCUCAGCGUACCAACGAAUGUGUGCUGCGACGAUAUAACACUUGUGAUCUACACGGCAGGAUACGUUUCCUUAGGCAUAAGCACAAUGUCAACUUCACAAGAACAUCUUCAAUUAUCAUCUUCUAUGAUUCUACGAAUGGAGCCGGCGCACCGAACCGACACCAGCAGUGCGCAACAUCAACAGCAACUUGUGGUCACCAUUACCUCCACGGCUGGCUCACUCGCUUCGCAAGAGAAGACAACUCUACUUCUGAGAUUCGAGAGCAAUGCUGUACUACGAGCUGCUCCCAGAAGGAAACGCGAUCACUACUCUCAUUUACGCCACUCAACUCCAGAAACUCGCGGGAAAUAA